AUCUAGAAGGGAGAAUAUGAAUACUUUUUCACAUGUUCCCCCUGGCUUUCGGUUCCAUCCAACCGAUGAAGAACUUGUCGAUUAUUACCUCAGGAAAAAGGUCAAUGCAAGAAAGAUUGACCUAGAUGUGAUCAAAGAUGUGGAACUCUAUAAAAUUGAGCCAUGGGAUCUUCAAGACCUGUGCAGAAUAGGAACAGAAGAGCAAAAUGAAUGGUACUUUUUUAGCCACAAAGAUAAGAAAUACCCAACUGGAACUCGAACAAAUAGAGCCACUGCAGCUGGAUUUUGGAAAGCAACUGGUAGAGACAAGGCUAUUUAUUCUAAGCAUGACUUAAUUGGAAUGAGGAAGACGUUGGUCUUCUAUAAAGGCCGAGCUCCAAACGGGCAGAAGUCAGAUUGGAUCAUGCAUGAAUACCGCCUUGAAACAGAUGAAAAUGGAACUCCACAGGAAGAAGGUUGGGCGGUGUGUAGGGUGUUCAAGAAGAGAACAACCACCGUGCGUAAAAUGAGUGAGCAUGGAUCUCCUUGCUGGUAUGAAGAUCAAGUUUCAUUCUUGCAAGAUUUCGAUUCAACGAAGCAAAAUUCCCAGCCAAAUUUGGCUUACCACCUCUCCUAUGCCUGCAAGAAAGAGCUAGAUUUGCAGUACCAAGUUCCCCAUGAACACUUUCUCCAGCAGCUUCCAUAUUUAGAGAGCCCAAAGCCGAUGCAAUCAACUGCAAAUGUAAACUGCAGUCCAAUGGCUGCUGCCUAUGGACUGGAGAUAAACCAUGUAAGCACUUUUCAGCCCUCAUCAUUCGCACGAGAAGAACAUAUGCAGCAACCCCAUGACCAAAAUUUGCAUCCAAUGUAUGGCAGAGACAACAACAACGAGAUGGCGGUGGAUCAACUCACAGAUUGGCGAGUUCUUGACAAGUUUGUUGCCUCCCAGCUUAGCCAAGACGAUGUUCCUAAAGAAAACAACUACUCAAAUAGUAUUCUGGUGAGACACUUGAAUAAGAAAGAAAUGGUGCCUGAGAAUCCCUCUACCUCAACCUCCAGUUGUCAAAUUGAUCUAUGGAAGUGACAACUUAUUAUUCAUAAUCAUGAGACAAUAUAUACUGAUUAUAGGCUAUUCAAUGCAGAGGUAAAGGGAAAAGAUUAUAUAAUCUAAAUUCCUGUACAUAAUAAAAUUAAAUAAUAUCUCGUGUUUAACUCUUGAGCUUCUAGCUCUUCUCCUAAUGCUUAAGUUAAUAUCACCGAAACCCUAGAACCUAGUACUAAGUUCCUGUAAGAUGUGAAGUUGCAGCAUUUGUUUGCCUGUAAUUUGUAAAGGUCUUCUGUGUUGUAUUAUAUUGUUCUAACAGCCAUAUGUGCUGUUUAUGGAAUCGACUUGGAGGUCGAUUUCAGAUAUGUUUGUAUGUUCAAUUUGUUAUUUGAAUAGUAGAUUUACAAUUGUCUUUAUAAAA